AUAUUUCUCCAAAAGUUCAUGGUAUGUUGUUGGGCUAUAUUAUCUCAAAUAUAUUUUUUGUGAAACCUGAAGCAUGUUACAUGGUUAUGUCUGCACGAAAGAGAUAUAUUGGCCAUGUAUUUUUAUCCUCUUAUCUGGAGAUAAUUCCUUAGAUGAUAUCCUCUCCUUGUGAGAAUCAAGUCCACACAUGAGUGGAAACAGAUGCAAUCACUGUGAUGCUACUACUACACUAGUUGGUUGGUUGCUAAAUGUUUAUGUGGAUGAUCAUCCUGGCUCUUGUGAGUGGAUUGUGCCCUUCAUCACUCUCCCAGACAUCCACCAGAGUAGGACAUCAGUAACAGUAAAUUUGAUUGGGGAUCCAAUGCUGCAAACUCUCCAUUAAACCAAUACAACUUGUAGCAGAUGAUUGUUGCCAAGAAGAAAGUACCAAGGACCACAUCUAAGGCUCUCUUGAUCAAAGACCUUCAUCCCUCAAUUCUUAGCUUUCUAAUCUCAUCUCUAUACAUUUAUAUUAUUUGAAUUCUGAUUUUUCAUUAUAUUAAAAAAAAAUCUUUCAUUCAAACAUUAUAUGCUAUUAGAUGUUUACAAUUGGAACUCAUAUCCACUUAACUGAUCAUGUUAAGUCUUAAUCACUAAGAUUAAGAUAUAGAUAAAAGAAAAAGGAACAAGCAAACAUGGACAAAGGGAUGGGACCUAAACAUCUUGCUGGCUAAGUUAUGGUUUGCGGAAUGAUUGCCAUUGUUGUCACCAUGGAUCCCACCCCAAAAGAUGCGAAUGGGGAGAGCUAUUCCUCUCCCAACACUGUAGCUACUACAGUAGCUAAGGAUAGAAAAGAAAGGAAGGAAGAGAAAAGUCACCAACUUACCUUGAGGUGGAGGUGGUGGUGCUCAAGCAAAAGAGAUGUGGGACGCCUAAAGUGAUAAAUCACCCACUUGCUACCCAUACAAGGGUGCCUUAGUUAUUUGAGACAAAGUUGGCACCCACUUGGUUUGAACUUUAGGGUUCCUUAUUCCAUUUCCCUAUGGAUGGAUCAUUGGUCUCCCACCCUCUAUCAUGGAAUUGAAGUUAGAUUGCACUUUGCAUUAGUUCCCAAGAAGUAUGUACAUAUAAUAUAGUGGAUCGUCUAAUAUUUUUUUUCAAAACAAUUUAAUUUAUUUACUUUGGAAAAAUAUAAUUUUUAGGUGAUUACACUUCAGUGAAAAAAGUAUCUUACUAAACAUAGAAUUCAAACUCAUGUAACUUUAGGUGUUUUUGCUAUUGCUGGAUUCAAGGAGUUAAAUAAAUGCACAAAUCUUGGAACCCACAAAUAAAAAAAAUAUUAUGUGAUGUUCACAGAUGAAUUUGAGCCAACUUUUUACUGCAGACUGUAAGGAUUGAUGUGAAGCAAAAUGGAGUCUUUUACCCUCAUUUACUACAAUCACUGGAUUGUUGCAUGGUUUAUAAGCAAGAAAUAAAGAGUUGGGUUGCCAGUGAGUAGUUCUCUUUCCUUUCCUGCUCAUAAACAGAUACUGUCUCCCUUCCCAACACACACUGAGAAAUCCAAAGUUCCAGAUAGAGACACAGUCCACCCCCACCCCUUCCCUCAUCCCAAUGCUUUUAUCCCACCUACACUUCCUUUUCCUCUCCACUUCCCCUUCUUCUAGUUGUAGAACCCCCCCAACCCCCCCCACUUCCCCUUCCUCCUUCUCUAUAAGACUUGACCUCAGUCUCUUCCGUUGAUCCCCAUCCUCGCUCUCUUUCGUCCUUUCUCCUCCGCCCAUUUUGUUUCGUUCACAAAAAAUGGCGAAACUUUGUGCUUCUCGCUCGCAGGCGGAGGACUCGACCGCCCGCCUCGCCUUCGUCUAUGACUGAGCUCAAAGGUGCCUCCUUUACUCUACUGCUGCUGCUUGUUUGUUCUUAUCGGCGUCGCCUCGCUUUCGGCUCCUCGGGGGGCGGAUGAACAGCACCACGGCGGCGGCGGGGAUGGGGAUGGGGGGCCGGGCGCCGUUCACGGCGGCGCAGUGGCAGGAGCUGGAGCACCAGGCAUUGAUCUAUAAGUACCUGAUGGCGGGGGUGCCCGUGCCGCCGGAGCUCGUGAUUCCCAUCCAGAGGAGCUUUGAGGCCUUGGCUGGGCGAUACUACCACCACCCUGCGCUAGCUUACUGUUCCUACUAUGGAAAGAAGCUAGACCCUGAACCAGGGCGGUGCCGCCGAACCGAUGGGAAGAAGUGGCGGUGCUCCAAGGAUGCGCACCCCGACUCCAAGUAUUGCGAGCGCCACAUGCAUCGUGGCCGCAACCGUUCAAGAAAGCCUGUGGAAUCACAAUCCGCCUCCCAAAUGCAGUCAUCCUCAUCUACUGUGACCUCCAUCGCUCCUGCCGGUAGUGGUGGCGGUGGUAAUGGUGGGGGAAGCUUCCAGAGCAUUCCCCAGCUCUUGGUUGCAGGUCAUAGCAAUACACAACAAAGCUUAUGCCUGGGGACCUCCAGCUCCUCUCAGCUGCCAUUGGGCCCUGGUCCUUUUGGCAACAGGUACUUCUGUGGUGUUAAACCUGGGGUGGACGAGCACAAUUUCUUCUCAGAAACUUCUGGAAGUACAAGGCAUCUUGGAAUGGAUUCAAUUGACGGCUCAUGGCGCUUGAUGCCAUCCCAAGUGUCUUCAUUUCCACCAUCAGAAGCUCGAGGUCCUUCUCUUCUGCAGAGUGCUUGCCCUCCACCUCAGUCAGUUCAAGAUCUUGGGCAGGUCUCAUUCAGCUCAAUAUCAAAACAACAGCAGCAGCAUUCCUUUGUCGGGAGCAAGUUUGGUUCACCACAGCCCGCGAAGCAUGAAAGCCAAUUCCUCCGGCCUUUCUUCGACGAGUGGCCUAAGACGAGAGACUCUUGGUCUGAUCUAGAAGAAGAUCGAUCCAACCGAGCAUCAUAUUCCACAACCCAGCUCUCGAUUUCCUUUCCCAUGGCCUCCUCGGACUUCUCUACCUCCUCUUCCAGGUCACCCAAACAUGAUUGAAAGAAAAGCACUUCGAUCGUUGGGUGCUGACUCCAAAUGGCAUUCAAUGUUCUUGCUUCUUAGUGCAUUUUUAGGAGAUUGUCUCAAGUUUGCCAUCAUCUCUCUUCCUUGAUGUGGUAGAACCUUUUCAAUUCCCUGAUGUUGCUGAUUUCUUGUAUUGAAACUGUAUAUGGAAGAUGUAUGCAAAAGUUGUUGUCAUUUUGGUCAUCUACCACAUACCUUGAUGCUUGAUGUCAUCUUUUAAUCAUUCCAAAUAAAUCUUGUGGAUACUUU